UUCAAUGAUUUCUUUUCAUAAUGGUACCAAUAGCAAAAAAAAAUAUGACAGAUAAAAAUCCAAUAUCACCAAAUUCACCUGACAGCGAUUUCACCAAUCAGUGGUCUUUGGAACUCUCUGAGUACUUGAAAUUUGACGAUGAUAUAUGGCCAGAUGAUGAUACUGAGCCAUUUGUGUCUGAACAUGUCCCGAACCGUGACAUUCAACAAGCUAAUGAAUUUGUAGGUGAUUUUGGAGGAAGUGGAAGCCAAAUUGAUGGGUCUUCUAGUAGAGGUGUCAGCAAUGAAGGUGAGAAGAAGGAAAUUAGAGAUCAUAAAGUUGCAUUCAAAACCAAGUCAGAGGUUGAAAUUCUGGAUGAUGGGUUCAGAUGGAGGAAGUACGGAAAGAAGAUGGUGAAAAACAGCCCCAAUCCAAGGAACUACUAUAGGUGUUCAGCGGAUGGAUGCCAAGUGAAAAAGAGAGUUGAGAGAGAUGUGGACGAUCCAAGUUAUGUAAUAACAACCUACGAAGGCACACAUACUCAUCCAAGUUCUCACUAGAUCAAGUUUUGGCAUCUUCAUGGACCAAAACUAGCUACUACUAUUUACCCUAACUACGUUGCCUAGUGUUAUGAGGCAUGAGUGUUAAGAGUUGGUAAAUUCUCAUGUAGAAUAUGAAGACCGUUUCUUGUUUCUACAAGAACAAAAACAAAAGAUCGGAUUUUGGUUGCUUUAUGAUCAUGUUCAUAAUAUAUAGAACCAGGUUUACCACUUUUGAGUUUUGACUA